AUGAACAACGAAUUGAUCGAAAAAUUGCAGAAGCUUCUCGCUGAAGGGAAGGGAGAAGAGUUUGCUUUGUUACGUGAGGCAUUGAUCCAAAAGAGUCUGGCGAAGGCGUCUGGAGAUAAGUCUUACUUGGACCACGCUGAGGACUACAUUGACUUCACCUACACCAACCCUACCGUGUGGCACGCAACUGACUUCUUUUCCAAGAAGCUCGAGAAGGCUGGCUUCAAGUACCUUCCUGAAAAGGAACUGUGGAGUCAGGUCGGUCCUGGUCUGUACUACACUACUAGGAGUGGGUCCUCUUUGGUGGCGUUUGUAGUUGGUCCAGACUGGACUCCUGAGAAAGGAGUCGGCGCAAUUGGCUCUCAUAUUGAUGCCUUGGCCACGGUGGUCAAGCCAAACUCCACAAAGAGUGAUGUGGACGGCUACAACCUUUUGGGAGUGGCAAACUACGCUGGCGCUUUGAGCUCUGUAUGGUGGGAUAGAGACUUGGGUGUGGGUGGCCGUCUUUUGGUGAAGGAGAAGGGCAAGGUCAAGCAUAAGUUGGUGGAUUCAACUCCUCAUCCAGUGGCAAGAAUCCCUACUUUGGCGCCACAUUUUGGUGCUGCAGCCGCGGGUCCUUUUGACAAGGAGACACAGACAGUGCCUAUUGUUGGGUUUGGUGGAGAAGUUGAACCGACCAAAGCUGAAAAGCUGGCUCCCCUCUAUGGGAAGCACCCAUUGAAGUUGUUGAGGUACAUUUCGAAGAUCUCUGGCCACGCCGUGGAAGACAUUGUGCAGUGGGAUUUACAGUUGUAUGACGUUCAAAAGGGUGUGGUUGGUGGCUUGGACAACGAGUUUGUUUUUGCUCCCAGAGUCGACGAUAGGGUUUGUUCGUACUCUGCCAUCACUGGUUUGAUCGAAGCUAAGGACAAUUUACCCAAGGAUGGCUUUUCAGUUGUCGGUCUCUUCGAUAACGAGGAAGUCGGCUCCGGAACCAGACAAGGUGCUCGUGGACACCUUUUUCUGAGUACCGUUGAACGUGUAGCAUCGUCGUCGUACUACAACCCAGGCGAAGCUGAACUGACCGACCUGAUCAAGGUUACCUUCGCCAAUUCUAUCAUUUUAUCAGCCGAUGUCACCCACUUGCUCAACCCUAACUUCCCCAAUGCCUAUCUUGAGAACCACAAGCCAGUUCCUAACAAGGGUAUUUCGAUCGCUUUAGACCCUAAUGGUAACAUGGCCACUGACUCAACCGGAUUGGCACUUGUCGAGGAGCUCGCCAAAAAGAAUGGAGACGAGCUCCAAUACUUCCAUAUCAGAAAUGGCUCUCCCUCAGGCGGUACCAUUGGACCAUACCUUUCUAUCCAAACUGGCGCCAGAACAAUCGACUUGGGUAUUCCCCAGUUGUCCAUGCACUCGAUAAGAGCUACUCUAGGCAGCAAGGAUGUUGGUUUGGCCAUCAAGUUUUUCUCCGGCUUCUUCAAAAACUGGAGAUCUACUUACGACAACUACGAGCAGAACUGA